CUCGAACUCAUCAAGAUGUUCACCACUGUAUGCCAAAGUGAACAAGACUAGAUCCCGGACUGUGAAAUCGGAACUACUGUUCUGCAGUGACUGAUAAUAAGUCAACACUGUGACUGACAUGUCCUCCAAAUGCUAAAUACUCUACUAUGUUUUACGCCAAAAGCUUAUUUGAGAUAAAUGCUUCAAAUGCCAAUCUGAUUCAUGUAAACGGAUGACAAGUGUAAUCCAAUAGACAAGAGGAGUAAAAAGUAUCACUCACUCACAGAGCCUAAUUCAUCAAGUUGUUUUGUACUUUCUGAAAUGUUGUUAUGUUGUUUCCCAGGCCCACAAUGCUGCAAAGACACAUGAAUGACUUCUGUUGUAAUUUACUUGAGUCUCAAGACAACAAAUUAAGUUGGUUUGCUCUAUGUUCAAUAAUUCUACUGCAUAAUCUACCAAUUCUAUUAUAAUCAGAUCUAGACAAAUGGAACGUUCCCAUGUCUCCAUUCUAUUUUAAAAUGGGCGGGACUCUGAAGUUGCUAGCAGCUUGUGAUGUUGUUUGAGUCAAAUCCGAGACGGUUAGCUAGCUAAUCUCUAGAACAGCAGCUCUGGCAAAGGAGAACGAUUUCUUGAGAGCGACCGAAAUUACACAUGUGCUAAUCUCGGCACACUCAAGCCGUUCAUUUUCAAGUAUUGCAGAAAAGCUGGGUUUCCUGACAUGGAGUGGCAGACGCCAGCUGUGUCUGAGAAGUUCCAGAGCCGCUUUGGCCGCCGGCCUGGGACAGCGGACAGUGGGGACACGGGGCUAGGCGUCACCCCAUCUGACAGCACAGAAGAUUUCUGCAGUUCCAGCAGCAGCCCCUCGUUCCAGCCCAUCCGCAGCCAGAUUCCCAUCCCCACUGCCCAUGUCAUGCCUUCCACGGCCGGACCACCGGCCUCCAAGCCCCAGCCCUGUUCCCAAGAAGAUUCCCAGGCUUCUGCCGAGGCACACAGGCCCUCCUCGGGCUCCCGAACCUCCAGUGGAACCUCCAGCUCGAAGUCGUCCUCCCUCUCCAAAUCAGCCUCUUCCCCCAACCUGGACAUGGCACAAGACGGCAUGGGGGGAUCCGACCCCGCCGGACCCAAGCCAGACUGCUUGAGCCGCUACCGCAGCCUCGUGAACGGACUAGACCACUCUUUGUUCCCCUCGGGGGACCACUCUUGCCUGGAAGAGGGCCAGAGGUUCGACAUGCCUGCCAUGGAGCCCACAAUGAACCAAUCUGCCCUGCUGGCGGGCUACUGCCCAGACGUCCGACUCAGGCUCCAGAUGACCAGCCUAGGGGUGACUCCCGAGUGCAGUGGAGAAGCCUAGGGUGCCAUGGAGCACUCGUACAAGGCUCUCCCCGAGACCAGGCCAGGGGUCCCCGGAGCUCCAGACCCCUACAGCCAGAGGAGCAGCCAGCCCAGUGGAACUGUGGCUGGGUCAGCAGGUGUGUACCCCAGCUCUCUGUAUCUGCAGACCCAGGCUCUGUUGAGGGAGGCCAAGGCCUAUGAACCCAUGCUGCAGGAGAGAUGCAGCGAGCUGCUCAGCUGGCAGCAGCAACAGCAGCACAAGCAGCAGCUGGAGAGUCUCCGUGUUCAAGUGGAGCAGAUGCAGAUGAUGACUGCUGGAGUGGGCCAGUACCCUGCUCUCUACUCCACCUCCUCCAUGCCACCAGAGACCAGGAAGUGGGAGGCGGCGAUCAAAGCCAACGAGAGCAUUCUGAAGGAGAAGGAGCUUGUCAUCGAGAGACAGAAGCAGCAGAUGUCUCAGCUGGAGCAGCGGCUGCGGGAGAGCGAGCUGCAGGUCCACGGAGCCCUGCUCGGCCGCGGCGCUCCGUACGGCGAUAUUUGUCUGCUCCGACUGCAGGAGGCUCAGAGGGAGAAUGCCUUCCUGCGGGCCCAGUUUGCAGAGCGCGGUGACUGCGCCGCCCAGGAGAAGGCGGAGGCAGAGCGCCGCCUCGGUGCCGUGGAGGCGGAGACGCGGCGCCUGAACGAUGCGCUGAGGGAGACCAGCGAGAGGCACGCCGAGGAGCUGAAGAAGCAGGAGGAGAGGAUUCGCAGCCGGGACAAGCACAUCAACAGCCUGAAGAAGAAGUGCCAGAAGGAGGCAGAGCAGAACCGAGAGAAGCAGCAGCGCAUCGAGACUCUGGAGCGCUACCUCGCUGACCUGCCCACUAUGGAGGACUACCAGGGCCAGAGCAAACAGCUGUCGGAGGCGGAGCAGCGGGCGUCCCAGCUGCAGGGCCGGGUCAGAGAGCUGGAGGUGUGUCUGGAGGAGGGUCGCUCACACACCCGGGAGAAGGACACCCAGCUGGAGGAGCAGAGACGCAGGGAGAGGGAGCUGCUCACCACUGUCACCAGUUUACAAGAGCGGGUGCAGGAGGGCCUGGAGGACGGGGCAAGGUUACCCUCCCUGGAUGUGGAAAUACUCAGAGGGGAGAACAGCAGCCUGAGAGAAGAACAGCAGAGACUUAAAAAGGUCCUAGAGAAGCAGCUGAGGGUGAUGGAGAAACUGGGCGCCCAGAUCGUAACCCUGGAGGAGCAGGUGUCUCAGGAGGAGAGCAGCUCCCAUGCUAUGAGAGAGGAGGUUUGUUCUAAAGAGCAGGGGCUGCUCCAGCUCCGCACAGCCAUGAAGGAGCUGUCGGCCCAGAACCAGGAACUAAUGGAGCAGAACCUGACCCUCCAUGAGCGUCUGGAGGACUCUGAGAGGGUGAACCUGGACAGGACGUCGUCCUCGCUGCGGCCGGCCGGGGCCCGCCUCACCCAGCGUCUCCAUGGGGAGAUGGCCUCGUGCCUCUGCGACCUGCGCUCCCUCUGCAACGUCCUGACCCAGCGGUCACAGGGCCGAGACCCCAACCUCUCGCUGCUGCUUGGCAUUACAUCUCCCCCGCCCAUGGCAGAGCAGGUGGAGGAUUGGCUGAGUCCUGAGGUCCUCCAGAGGAAGUUGACUGAAGCCCAGCAGCUGCGUCGUGACGUGGAAGAGCUCCGCACCACCGUCUCAGACCGCUACGCCCAGGACAUGGGAGAGAACUGCAUUACCCAGUAGCCCCAGCUGCUAGCCUGUCUCUAAAACAGACUGAACCAUCAGGCUAAUUGGUUAAGGCUUCCAUGUUGGCCUUGCUUCUUCCAUACUCCAUUGAGUAUGAAAUGGAAUCUCAUGUUGGCCCAUUGGAGACGGAAUCCUUGAUCAGGUCAUGCAUUUCAGUCAAAGGGCUUAUGGUGAAAGAGCUGUUCUCAAACCAGUGUGUGUUUUUAUCAAUGUUUUACUGAUACAUUUGUUUCUUUGUGUUGUCAGAGGCCCUCCCUUCUUUUUAUGACACACAUGGAUGGGGUUGUUGUCUUUUUCAAUAAAUAACACUAUUUUAUUAUUUAAAUCUUCCCUCUGGGGAAAUAAUGUUGGAUGUGGUUGACAAUCAACUGAAAAUAUUUAAAUCUGUUUUUGAGUGAUUCAACAGGAAAUGUUACUAACCCACAUUUUUUUAUUUUAUUUAAUGGCGUAUUUGUAGCAUCUGACUCUGGCAUGUGGGUGGCUUUUAACAGUGGUAGGGCUAAUACUUUAAAGACAUUCUGUCAGCCUUAUAACAGAGAUACUGUUCAGAGACCUCUGUCCCGUUUGUAAAUUAUGAUUUUAUUUUAAUGUUAGCAGAUGUUUCUCUCAGGUAGUGGGCUUGCUUUGAUGUUCAAUCGUGCCUGUCUGUGCUUUUGCUGCCAUCACCAUGCAAGCCAAUAUACUCCCAGGCAAAUUUGCUAGUGGCUUUCUUUCUCUCAACUUUACUUAUUUUUGGUGUUUCAGCCGACAGAGCAACUCAAUACAUUCCUUAAACAUUGCUUCAUGGGUUGUCCUCGAAGAAGAUAUGUCAAACCUAGUUAUGGGGGAUAACGGUCUGUGACGAUGUGGACUGAAGCCAUUUUUACACACUCAACAGUAUUUGUGGGACUGGUUGUUAUGGGUCUGUUUACUCUUGCAGAGCAACAUACUGUAAUCUAACAGGUGAGUCCCUGUGCCUACUUUGUCCUGAUACACUGUUCACUUUGGUGCCCUCAUCUGUACUAGCAAAAUGCUAUCUAAUAGCAAGAAAUGUUUGGUUUCAAAUGAAUAACAUAACUAAUGGUUGUCAGAAUUUUGUCAUCAAAAAAAUUUGACAUGACUGACCACUAACUUUAUUCUAGUUUGUUUCAGUGGUUGAAGAGCAAAAAGAGUUCAUUUAUUGCUGGAAUGUCACGUCAAAUGCUUUCCUUCAGUUGAUGAACAUCAUGACACUAACUUGGGACAGACUUGUCUAGAUGAGACUGAGUUCUCAUUUGAGCUUGAACAAAGUUAGACAACUUGCCUUAUGUCAUAUUUUUAUAUUGAAUUUAUCCUUAAUUGUAUUUACACUGAAAUAAAGAUUGUUUUCAAUAAA